CGCAGCGCGUUCAAUUCAAGCAUCGUCUUGUUCCACUGUCCAUUUGUCUCUCUCUCCAUUCACGAGCUGUCACUGAGUUCACCUACAAAUUUCAAACUCUCGUCAAUUCAAUUUUUGGUGCACAUACAAUUCUAGACAGAUAAGUUUAAACUGUUUCUUGUUUUGAAUAUUACUUUUUUUCUUUGGAAAUUGCGAUCGGAUUUGGAGGGAGAUGGCGGCGCCGAAUAGAAUCGAACGCGCUCACCAGAUGUACCGUGAAGGACGAUACGAAGAGGCGUUAGGGUUCUACACGGAGGCAAUCGCCAUGGCUAAGACUAACCCUCAGAAGAUCGCUUUGCAUAGCAAUCGAGCCGCGUGCUUUCUGAAGCUUCACGAUUUCAAAAAGGCAGCAGAAGAGUGCACCUCGGUGCUUGAGCUUGAUCACAAGCACAGUGGGGCAUUGAUGCUACGGGCUCAAACGCUUGUCACCCUGAAGGAGUAUCAUUCAGCUCUUUUUGAUGUCAACAGACUGUUAGAGUUGAAUCCAUCUUCAGAGGUUUAUCAAAAUCUUCAAGCUCGCUUGAAGACACAGUUGUCACUUGCUCCAAUACCAGAAUCAGAAGAGGAGUUUGAAGAACAGGAAGACGAGGAGCCUGAAGUGAUAAUUGAAGAGGAGAAUGAAAGAGAAGAGAUGGGAGACAAAUAUUCUUCGAUUUCUAAUAUUAUAACAGAACAGAAGGAUGAACUCGGUAAAGGCAUUCUUAUUACCGAAUGUGCUGCUCAUGAAGCAGAGCCCAAGUUUUCAAUGAAGCAAGGGGGAAACCAAAACUAUGACUCUAAGAAGUUCAUAGCAGAUGCUAUAGCUCCUAAAGCACCAAGCAAGGAAUCCAAUGAGGAACAUUCAAAAGGAUGGCAAACUAUUCCAAAACCAAAAGGACAUUCAGCUCUAGACUACGCACGGUGGGAUAGUGUUGAAGAUGAUUCUAGUGAUGAUGAUGGUGACAGUGAAGAAGAAGAAUCUUUGCCUCAAUACCGGUUUCGUGUAAGAACAGUUGGUGUACGUCCUGUAAAGUGAGAUGUUUGUACUCUCUACUGUACAUUACCUAUAGACGGCUGUUUUGAUCCCAAAGUGAACAUAACAUUGAUUUUUGAUGGGAAAGAUUCAGUGGCUUGAAAUGGCUCUAUCAUGUUGGACGCCUUGAAGAUCUAUGAAUCCUAUAGAAGUACACUAAUCUUUACUGAGUCGGUUUGACUGUCAGUGGUGAUGAGCUAUUUGGACUCUGAAUUUUACAUGGAACCCCUCCCUUUUGAAGCUGCUAACGUCCUGUUGUGAUAGCAAGUUUAAAGGUUCGUGUUUACAUAUUGGACCAAAAAUGUGGGGUGUUUUUCAGCUGCUGAGGCUCAUACAGUGAGUAAAAUCCAUUCCAGCCGGAGCAGGCUGAUUACUUUUCUUGGUGAUACUAUUUCCACAUCUAUAAAUAAUAUUCAAAUUUCCUAAUAAUGAACUAUUGUACUAUUUCGCUAUUCUGUCAUUUAAAACCAAAAUCAAGUCAUUCUAAUAAGUACGGGCACGAAGCUGUGCUUUAUGUUCUGCUCUUUGUUUUUUUUAUAUAAUAUGAUUCAUUUGUUUCACC